CGCCAAAACCGAAAAUUUGUAUUUUCCCGCCAAAACCGAAAAAUCUCGUUUUUCCGCCAUAACCAAAAAAUCUUAUUUUCCCGCCAAAACUGAAAAUUGUGUUUUCUCGCUACAACCGAAAAAAUCUUUUUUUUUCCCCGCCCAAAACGCAAAAAAAAAACUCGUUAAUUUUGUAGUAAUUCUAAUAUAAAUAUAUUAAACUAAAUAAUUAAAUGUAAUAUAGUUAAAAUUAAUAUAAAACAUAUGAUUAAACUAACACAAAGGUAUUUUGGUAAUUUGUUUACUAAACUCAUUUGAAUGAAAAUGAAAAUGAAAAUAAAGAAACAAACAUAAGAUCUAUUUAGAUGAUUCAUCUAGAUGAGCUAUGUGGAUGGACAAACAAACAAUCACAAAAAUCUGAAUGGAUCAUCUUAAUAGAUCAUACAAAUGAAUCAUUUGGAUGAAGAUGACAAAUGGUGAAACAAACAUCCCCUUGAUCUAUCUCCAGAGCCGUCUAAUAGCACGUGCGUGCAUGUGGAGCGGUCGAACAGGGUCCGAAUAUAAAAAUAAAUUUUUUAAAGAAAUUUUCGACAAUAUAUACAUAAAUUAUAGUCUAAAACUUCAAAAUUUAAAUACAGUACUGACUAAUUUAGAGUUUAUAAUUUAUAAAAAAUGUUAAACAUAUAUAAAUAGAACUAUUAAUUUUUAAAGCUAUUUCAUUAUGCUUUAAAUAUAUCGUUAAUAUUUUUGAACAGGGUCCAAAAAAUAAUUGAGACGGCCCUGUCUAUCUCGAAAUGGAUUAUUUGGUAAUUAUAGACACAUGUUUGUUCUUUAACUAUUAUAUACAAUGGGCCUGCGCAUGUUAACUGUUUGGCCGAAAGGAGUGUGUAUGCAGAACUGAGGAAACUACUGUUUGACAUUUGACUCUGUUCGAGGUGUUAAAGUUAUAUAACAUAAUAUUGUGACUUCCCUUUUUCUGGUUGAUUAUGGAUUUUCCCUGAACAUUUUACGGAAUACCGGCGGCUUCGAAGAAAAUCUUCAGGCUACUUGUAUCGUCUGGGCAAUUUCUUAUUGUUACUUUUCGUGAGUGCUACCAUACUUUCUCUUAGUGGUACUUUUUCCAAGUGGAGACUACUUGGUCGAGCAUUCAUAUGGAAACUAAUAAUCUUAUUUUGCGGACAUAUCUUAUCUUGCUGGGCAUAUAAUUUUCAAUCUUCCAUUCUUUCACAGAAAACAAAAACAAAAAAAGAAAGAACAAAUAGACUUUAUGAUGCAUUCUUGUAUCCAAAGGAGGAGGAUGAUACGGAGCUUGUGUUUUAUCUUCUCUCUUUAUGCCUCCGUACUUGUUUUUGCUUCUCAUGCUGCGCACUUGUGCCGUCCAGACCAGAAAGAUGCUCUCUGGGAGUUCAAGAGCGAGUUCUACGUCGACGGGCUCCACUCUGAUGGUACGCCAGUUGAUAAGAAGACAGAGAGAUGGAAGAACAACAUUGAUUGCUGUUCUUGGGAUGGUAUCUCGUGUGAUCCUAAGACGGGUAAAGUCGUUGAGUUAGACCUCACGGACAGUUUUCUCAACGGCCCUCUGAGAUCUAAUAGUAGCCUCUUCAGACUACAACAUCUUCAUAUUCUGAAUCUUGGCUCCAAUAAUCUUUCAGGUAUUCUCCCAGAUUCCGUCAGCAACCUCAAAUAUUUGAGGGUUUUAAGUCUCGGUGGUUGCAGUUUCUAUGGACAGAUUCCUUCUUCACUCGGAAAUCUUUCUUAUCUCACUAAUCUUGAUCUUUCUCAUAAUGAAUUCAUCGGUGAACUACCUGAUUCAAUGGGUAACCUAAAGAAACUAACAGAUCUGGGACUUGACCAUAACAAGAUCAGUGGGAACUUUCCCCAUGUGCUACUCAAUAUGAGCGAGCUCACUCAGAUCGACAUUGGCUCUAACCAGUUCGAAGGUAUGCUCCCAUCUAACAUGAGUAGCCUCUCCAAACUGGUCUAUUUUGAUAUAAAUGAAAAUUCAUUUUAUGGAUCUAUUCCGCCAUCUCUCUUCAUGAUCCCUUCAUUGAUUCAACUUUACAUGGGAAGAAACAGCUUCAGUGGUCCUCUUGAGAUUGGGAAUAUCUCUUCACUAUCUCCACUUGGUUUUUUAGCACUUGGGGACAACAAUUUCAAUGGACCAAUCCCAAGAUUUAUAACAAAGCUAGUUGGGCUCUGGUACCUUGACCUCGCUUUAUGGAACACGGAGAAGGGAAAGGUUGAUUUCAGCAUCUUCUUGCACCUCGAGUCACUUACGUUCCUUGACCUCUCUUAUAUAAAUACAAGAAGCAGAGUUGACUUGAGUCUUUUCUCAGAUCUCAUGUCACUUGGUUAUCUGGAUCUUUCAGGGAUUAAUUUGAAGAUCAGUCCAACUCUCCACCUUCUCUCACCCAUAGAGAUCUUGACUUUAUCAUCUUGCAAUAUUGCUGAGUUUCCCAAAUUUCUAGAAACACAGACGAGUUUGUCAUAUUUAGACAUUUCUGCCAAUCAAAUCAAAGGUCAAGUACCAAAGUGGUUAUGGAGACUCCCGCUACUGAGGUAUGUAAACAUUUCUCAGAAUUCCUUCACUGGUUUUGAAGGAUCAGCGGACGUUAUUCAACGAAGUGAAAUUCUACUUCUUGAUAUAAGUUCAAACACAUUCCAAGGUCCAUUUCCUUUGUUACCAAACUCUACAAAGUUCUUUUUAGGCUCCAAUAAUCAUUUUUCAGGAGAGAUCCCUAAGACAAUAUGCAAGUUGGCUUCUCUUGAUACACUUGUUUUAUCUGAUAACAACUUCAAUGGUUCUAUUCCUCGGUGUUUUGAGAAUUUCAGUACCAAGCUUUCAGUCAUGCAUCUUCGGAACAACAGUCUAUCUGGUACUUUUCCGGAGGAAUCUAUCGGAGAUCACUUGAAAUCACUUGAUGUUGGUGACAACCGCUUAUCAGGAGUACUUCCCAAGUCUCUGAUCAACUGCACCCGCCUCGAGUUUCUGAAUGUGGAAAACAACAUGAUUAAUGACACGUUUCCAUUCUGGUUGAGACUUCUUACCAACCUACAAGUUCUUGUCCUUCGUUCUAACGAGUUCCAUGGGCCCAUAUCUUCUCCUGCAUUUUCUUUGAGUUUUCCCAAAUUGAGAAUCUUUGAUAUUUCGAAAAAUCGUUUCACUGGAGUUUUGCCAUCAUAUUACUUUGCUGGUUGGACUGCAAUGUCAUUGGUCAUAGACAUUGUAGAUAUUAUGCCGAGUAGGUUUGAGGGGCGUGACUCUGGGAACUUAUAUAACUCAGUGUCUAUGACGGCAAAAGGAUUGGUGAUGGAGCUGGUUGGUAGUGGUUUCACAAUCUACAAAACUAUUGAUGUCUCUGGAAACAAACUCCAAGGAGAUAUUCCCGAAUCCAUCAGUUUACUCAAGGAGCUUAUUGUGCUCAACAUGUCAAACAACGCUUUUACAGGCCACAUUUCACCAUCUUUGGAGAACUUGACCAAUCUACAAUCAUUGGAUCUUUCUCAAAACCGAUUGUCUGGAGAAAUCCCACCAGAGCUUGGAAAGCUUACAUUUCUAGCGAGAAUGAACUUCUCUUACAACAUGCUUGAAGGUCCAAUACCACAAGGCACUCAAAUUCAAAGCCAGAGUAGUUCUUCUUUCGCAGAGAAUCCGAGGCUCUGUGGUGUCCCUCUCCAAGAAACAUGCGGCAGAGGAGACGAUGCAACGACUCAAGAGAAAGAAGAUGAAGAUGGAGAAAAGGAUCAAGUCUUGAGCUGGAUUGCAGCUGCAAUAGGCUAUGUACCUGGUGUGUUUUGUGGAGUCGUCAUCGGCCAUAUUCUCAGUUCAUAUAAACGUGACUGGUUCAUGAAAAUCUUUCACUCUUUUGCUUAAUAUAAGCAUCAGUUGCAUGAUGAUAUCUACUUAUAUUAUAAUCAUGUCCAUGCCGCUUUUUUUAAUAAUAAUGUAAUGUCGCAAAGAAUUUGUUAUGCAAAGUUUUAUGGAGAAAGGGUUACAAUAGAUUGCUUGUUUUCAAAUAGCAUAAAAUCAUUUUCUUUCAUUAAGAGUUGUGUAUUAUCUAGGGGAAGACCGUCUCAGGGUACGUUUUCACACUUUUGCUUCUCUGAACGAAUCUUCUUUUUAAAAAUAAAUCGAAGUAUAUAUAUAUUGAUUAAAUUUUUUUUUAAUCACUUUUUGCUUCUCUUAACUAAUCUUCUUUUGCUUCACUUUUUCUGCUCAACUAGAAAAUUAUGCGUGGAUCUAUUAAUUAGGAUUGCACUAAGCUUGAAAGAUCACCAUCCUCUCUCUAUAUAUAUAUAUAUAUAUAUAUAUCUUUAUAUAUAAAAGAGGGUUUCUCUCAUUCCUAAGCCCUCCACGUAGGAAUCCACAUAGGAAACUCGCCCCAUACAGUCGUGACACGUGUCCAUCUACGACACUGCACUGCGUUUCAUUAAACUCUACCAUAAUGUGGGCCAAAAAUUAAGAUAAAUACAGGCCCAUCUCGCCUUUAAUCAGGAACACGACUUCUACGUGAUGAAUUCUAGGUUUCGUCUGGUUUUCCAAGGUCCGAAUCGUUCUACCAACAAUGGCGGCUCUAAGAUGGCGUGUGACUCGACGUUUUGAGAGAUCUCAAAUUCAAUGAAUCUUAUCCAUCUUCAAUCGGUGAUCCUCAACUAUAAAAAGGUUGUUUGUUGUUCAUCUACGGUGGAGGUGGCGCGACCGCGCCGAUUCUGGGAAGCAGGAAACGUGGUGGCGAGUUGAUGGGUUUAGACUCCUCCUCGACGCUAAGGUUGUUUCGUUCUUUGAACCAUAAUCAUAGUAAUUUUAAAACAAAUUCCGGCAUACAAACUCAAAAAAAUCUGCUAUUCUCACUAUAAAUAGUUGGUCCAGUCUUUCGGAUAUUGUUUCAGUUAUGUCUGUUGGUUUUUCAUCUUCCUAUUUACAUGUGUUUCAGGUGAUUAUAACACCAGCCACCGUGAAUGUCAACCGUCUGACCACUUUCAGAGAUCGCCUGAAGGCUGGAUCAAUUUUCUCUGCCACCGGAUUUGAUGUCACUCGGUGCAACAUAACUUCAGACUCCCAUGACUCUCCUCUAGCGAUUCGAUUCGUUGAUUCCACCGCUCUCGAUGAGUUAACCGAACUCAAGACCCCAAUUCCUGAAGAACGGCUCAGGUUCCGUGAUCACCGUGAGCUGCUUGGCCUAGCCAACACUAACACUCAUCUUCCAGGUAAAUCGUCUUACUAUCGGUUUCUCCUACUCAUUUCUCUAACCAGUGCACUGUUUAGAAAUUAUAUAAGAAGCUGCUGUAAACAUAUAGAGGGCUCAUGCCAAAGAAACUACCUCGCAUUUCCACGGUAGGUUCAUGUAAUCUACAUCUAAAGAGUUUGUUUUGUGUGUUUCUGAAGUGUGUUGUUUCAUAUUAGGAUUAUGAGCGACUAUAUUUUGAUUCAGCUGGCUGUGAUCAUUGAAAGGGAACAUAUGUUCAAACUUUGAUCCAACGAGUGUUGUUUUCAUUCAGUUGAUCAAAUAUAAGCUCUCAAUAAUGUUUUUAUUCUCGGGGUGUGAUGAUAACAGUAAGCAAACCAGAUUGAGGAGGUGGUGAAAUUGAUCAGCAAACCAGAUUGAGGAGUUAAAGACGCAAUCAUACCAAGCCAGUAUUAAAAGGUAACGUUCUGGUGAAAACAUUAAAAGAGCUUGGGAUUUUCUCUCUCGGAGAUGCAAUUGAUUGUUGCUGCACGCUACGCUUUGUAAAAGAAGACAUCUUUGUCAUGUGAUAACUAUCUUUGUCAAUUCGUUUUGUAAUUCUAUGCAUCGAUGGAUUGUUUCUUAACUUUUUAAUUCGCUUUUGUAUAAUUUUAUCAGACCAAGAUCUUGCUCA